AUGACUGAAGUUCGAAGGAAUAUACCUCCGUUUACUACUGUUACGUCAACAUUCCGUUCAUAUAUUCUUUCACUGCCAUUAUUGACAACUACCAUUUCCUGUAUAGUAAUUGUAUUUUACGCAUUUGGUGCUCUUUUGUUUAAUGAAAACCCUAUAUACAACGCACUUAGUCUUAAGCCAGAAAAAUUUUUUGGAGGAGAAGUGUGGCGUAUCUUGACAUAUCCUUAUACACACAGUUAUCUCGCACAUUUACUUUUUAAUCUUUUGGUGUUUUUGCCUUUGAGUACGGCGAUUGAACAUACUAUUGGGACUCUUGAGUAUUCUUAUGUGUUGAUCACUAUUUUUACCGUACUUUCGGGUUCUAUUUAUUUGUUGAGCUCGUUAAUUUUCUCUUUUAAAGUCGAAAUGGGUGGAUUGAAUACUUGGAUAUUUGGUGUUGUAGUAUGGGAAAGCAGGGAAUUGGCUGGAAGCGAGCGAGAAGUUCCAUCUCAUUUUUAUCCACUUGUGUUAUUUCUGCUGAUGGAAAUACUUCAAUAUGAAUGGUUCGUCGGUUAUCUAUGCGGGCUGUUUGUUGGUUAUUUUUAUUCUUUCGGAUAUCUUACUCGUAUACUGCCAUCUUCUGACUUUUUCUCAAAUCUUGAAUCCAAACCACCUUUAUCCCGUCUUGUAAAUAUUCGUGGGUUUAUCAAGGCUGAGGAUGGUAGAAGAGGCGGAUGGUGGCUACCGCUCUGGAAUGAUGAUUCUAUUGAGGAUCCUCUAGAGACUUCUAUUAAUCUUGCUAGUAAUGCUGGAGAACCAAAUCAGACUGAUACAAUACAAGUUGCGCGUUCAUCUUCGCCUGAUCCACAUUCAACCCCAGUUUUCAUAGUACCAUCAAGUAAUACCACUCGAUCAAAUUCACCUGCACCAGAAAGUGCACCUUUAACCACAGACCCAACAACUGCGGAUCCAAAUCCUAAAGAAAAAGAUUGA